AUGUGCCAUGAAACGCUGAUGGUGACUGAGAAGGGGAAGAAACUAACCAAGCUGGUGGGCGAAGACUAUCAGAGCGCAUUGCUCAGCCCAGUCAUUCCUCCCGACAGCAGGAAAGGGGAGCAGGAGCAGGAGCAGGAGCAGGGGCAGGAGCAGGAGCAGGAGCAGGAGCAGGAGUCGUACGUCGAGUUCCAUGUGCUGAAGAACCCGAUGCCUCAAUGCUUCAUUGGGUUCGGUGUGUGCAAGGGAAAUCACGAGUACAAGGAAGGGAGAUCUGCCAUGGCGGCUGAAGAUGCCUGGAUGUUGUCAAGUCACAGUGGAAAAGCUUAUAGCAACGGGGGAAUGAGCAAGCAGUUUCUGCCUGGGAUAGGAACGAAGCCCUACUGCCCAGGAGAAGAGCACUUGGCUAAAGACAGCGUGAGGGUGAACGUAGGCGAUAGGCUUGGGCUGCUGGCGGACAUGCAGAAACAUUCGCUCUACGUCUACGUCAACGGCGUCUGCCAGGGAGAGAUGUUCUCUGGGAUACCUGACGGAGUGAGGUUCGUGGUGGACCUUGGGGACGAGGAACAGGAGGUAGAGAUCCUUCCAACAGACAUGCCGGGAGAAGAACUGUCGGAAGGGUAG